AUGAGCACAGACUUGGACCGUCUGUCGGUGGGUUCGCGCGCCUCCAGCGCCUCUUCCUCGCCUUCCUUCGACGGAGCGGGCAAGGGGGCUGCGGGACAGGCCGGGGUCAGGAGCGGGGGGCCCGGCUCCGGCAUCCGGCUGCUGUCGGCCAACGUGCGGAAGCUGCACGGGGCGCUCAACCAGCUGCUGAGCGAAGGCGAGCGCGAGCAGUUCAUCCAUUGCCUGAACGUCUACCACUGCCGGCGGAAUGUCUACGACUUGGUGCAGACGCUCCGAGUCCUGCUGGACGGUCCGGAGAAGAGGCAGCUGCUGCCUAUGCUCCGCCUGGUCAUCCCUCGCUCGGACCAGCUCCUCUUCGACCAGUACACCUCGGAGGGGCUUUACUUAAAGGCGGACUUCUUGCCCAGCGCUGGGGCAGGAGGGCAGGAGGGCGCCGGGUCUUCCCGAGUCAGGCAGGUGACCUUCAAGAGGCAAAAAGCUCAGGAAGGCUUGGGCUUCAGCAUCCGAGGAGGGUCCGAGCACGGCGUUGGCAUCUACGUCUCCCUGGUGGAGCCGGGCUCCUUGGCCGACAAAGAGGGCCUUCGGGUGGGAGACCGGAUCCUGAAGGUCAACGACAAGCCGCUGGACAAGGUGACCCAUGCAGAGGCUGUCAAGGUGCUCAAGGGCUCCAAAAAACUCAACCUGACCGUCCAUUCAGCGGGACGCAUCCCUGGCGGCUACAGAACCAACCACAUUUACACCUGGGUGGACCCCCAGGGCCGGAGUGUCUCUCCCCCGGUUGGCUUGAUCCAGCAUCAGAGCAGUCCUUUGGGCAAGGAGGGUGAGAAAAGGAGCCACCUUCAACUUCUUCAGGAAGGGGAUGAGAAAAAGGUCAACCUUGUGUUGGAUGAAGGACGAUCACUGGGUCUCAUGAUUCGAGGGGGAUCUGAAUACACCCUGGGGAUUUACAUCACAGGGGUGGACAAGGAUUCGGAAGCGGAAAACACUGGUUUGAAAGUUGGGGACCAGAUUCUGGAGGUGAACGGACGAAGCUUCCUCAGCAUUUCCCACGAUGAGGCUGUAAAACUCCUGAAAUCUUCUCGCCAUCUCAUCAUGACCGUCAAAGACGUGGGAAGGCUACCUCAUACCCGGGCCACUGUGGAUGAAACGAGGUGGAUCGCCAGCUCCCGAAUUGGAGAGACGAUGGUCAAUUCUGCAGGGGCCUCUGGAGAUCCCGUGGGGGAGAUGACACCAAAGACAUCUUUUUAUAAAGGCCUUGCGGGAUCUCAAGUAACGUUGAAUAGCCUGGUGAACCAAAGCCGAGUGAUGCUGGAGGAGCACGCACGCCACCUCCUGAAUGAACCCGAGAGGACCACCAUGGCUUACUACUUGGAUGAAUAUAAGGAGAACAACAUCUCGGUGGAUUCCCUCAUCCUGGCUCUCUUUGAACUGCUCAACACCCAUGCCAAGUUCUCCCUCCUGUCGGAGGUCCGAGGGGUGAUAUCUCCACAAGACCUGGACCAUUUUGACGACCUGGUCCUUAAGAGGGAAAUAGAAUUCAUGAAGGCCCGGCAGCCCUCGGGGACCGGAACCGACUUUUACUCUACAACGUCCUACAGCGAUUCUGCUUCUUGUACCGAAAGCCAUUUCACGUCCACCACAGCCAGUUCAGCUCGGGAGAGACUCUUGUGGCUGAUUGAUUUGAUGGAGAAUUCUUCCAAUGGGGGUAGAAGUGGAAGCCAAAGCAGGAUCAAUGCCUUACCUGACAUCUCCCUGUCCCGGGCGGACUCUUCAGACAAAGCGCACAAACCUGGUUUGGGAUCUUCUGAAUCCUCCCAGUCAGGACUGUUCUUCAGGGCUCCUCAAGGCCCCAGGCCAUCUUCCAGCCUCUCUGAGAAGGACACCUACAGCCUUGCCUCCAGCUCCACCACCGGCUCUUCCAUGGAGGACUCGGCCGCCAGCUCCAUCUACGCCUCCAUCUCUCCAGCGACUCGCGCGUCUAGGAAGCCCAUGGAGGCCCGAUUGUUGCUGAUCAACCAGCACCCGAUGCUACCGUUCCCUCGGAUCCAGUCGCCCACGCGGUUGAGACAGCCCUCCCCGGAGACGGCAGGCCCAGUCCCAAGCUCCCCUACCCCGCCACCCCUCCCCUCUCACCCAGCUGCUUCCCCUCCCAGCGAGAAGGGCGGAUUUGAAGUGGGGAACACCCAGCAGUUUAUCAUGGUUGAAGUUCAUCGGCCGAAUAGCGAACCAGAUGUGAAUGAAGUUAAGCCAUUGCCUCAGACCAGAGCCUCCACGCUCUCCCAGCUCUCGGACAGCGGGCAGACCCUGAGCGAAGACAGCGGCGUCGACCUGGGAGAAGCGGAACUCAACACCAGCAGAGAGAGGAGCCAACGGUUCCGGGGCCUGCCGACGCGAAGCCCGCAGGAAGUCCCCAGAGUGGGUGGAGCAGUGGAGACAGGAGCCAAACCGCCAGGACUCCUGGAGCCAACGUCACAUCUCAUCCGGGUGCCUAAGAGCGCUCCGACCUUGGGCAUAGCCAUUCAAGGGGGGGCAAACACUCGACAGCCCCUGCCCAGGAUUGUCACCAUCCAGAAAGGCGGAUCGGCUCACAACUGCGGCCAGCUGAAGGUGGGCCAAGUCAUCCUGGAAGUCAACGGCACGGCCCUCCGCGGGAGGGAGCACCGCGAAACCGCCCGCAUCAUCGCCGAGGCUUUCAAGGCGAAAGAGAAGGAUUACGUCGAUUUCCUCGUCACAGAAUUCAACGUUGCACUUUAG